UCUGUAUUUCGCAAUGGUUGAGAAACUUGUACCUUCGUCAAAGAUGAGCGCAUAUCUCCGUUAACAUGCAUUUUUUUUAGAGUAGAGAAAAGCAAUUGAACGUCACGGCCAGAAUCCCAAAGAGUUCAUUACUAUUGACUAUCUAUAAAAACGAAAUAAAUAUAUUGAUAGCUUGAUUUGUGGUAUUUUCCUCGGUCAGAAAAAUAGCGUUUUUUUGCCAGUGGUAACAUUGAUAGCUGCAUAAUGACAUGGGAAUGAAUACCUCGAAUUUAAAUGACAAGUUAUCUAUGGUCCUAAUGGAUUUUCUCUCAACUGUGGAUUUUUCUACGUGAAACAGUAUUUGAAAUCAUUAAUUGAGACUGAGGUUUGAGGGUUAGAUACCUGCCUCUGGGACUACAGAAGGAAAAACAAACCCAGGCAAGAUUUGUGUUACGCGGAAGACCACCGGGGAAGAGGAUCCUAAGUCUUUGGCAAAGGAUAGUAAUCUGGUGAUGGACUUCAUGGAACUGCACAUGGGAGCGGUUUUGUUGUGGGUCCUGGUGUUGGAUUUCUGUGGUUGGGCUGAGGCUGGUAUCCUGUACCGUGUCCAGGAGGAGCAGCCGCCCAGCACGCUGAUAGGCAGCCUGGCAUCAGACCAGGGCCUGCCAGACUCUGGUCACCUUUACAAGCUAGAGGUGGGCGCUCCAUACCUGCGUGUAGAUGGGAAGACAGGGGACAUCUUUACCACAGAAAUUCCCAUAGACAGGGAGACACUGAGAGCCUGCCGCAGCAUGGUCAGGGGCAAACCCUGCUUCCUGGAGUUUGAAGUGUCUGUCACAGACCUGAUCCACAACCAGAGCCCCAGGCUCAUCGAGGGUCGCAUCGAGGUCCAGGACAUUAACGACAACACUCCGCAAUUCCCCUCCCCCGUGCUCACCAUCUCUGUCCCAGAAAACACCCACAUGGGGGCGCUGUUCUCCAUCCCCCUGGCCACAGACAGGGACUCGGAGAGGAACAGAGUGGCCGACUACGCCCUAACCGCGGGGCCAGAUGCAGCGACUCUCUUCGGCCUGCAAGUGGCAGAGGACAGGGGAGAGAAGCUGCCCCAACUCAUCGUCCUGGGAAGUCUGGACCGGGAGCUCAAGGACAGUUACGACCUGAACAUUAAGGCUGUGGAUGGAGGUAACCCCCAGCGCUACAGCAGUGCCUUGCUGAGAGUGGUGGUUUCUGACGCAAACGACAAUGCGCCAAAGUUUGACAAGGCCACGUAUGAGGCUGAAGUGUCAGAAAACAGCCCUGUGGGACAUUCCGUGCUGCAGGUGAAAGCCAAUGACUCUGACAUGGGCCCCAAUGGAGAGAUAGAGUAUACGCUACACCAGGCAUUAGACCCAGUGCCAAAACUCCUACGAAUUGAUCGUUCCACUGGCAUCAUCUAUGUCAAAGGGCCUUUGGAUCGGGAAGAAAUCAGCGAUUUGACAUUCUACGUAGUGGCCAGAGACAAAGGUCCCCAACCCAAAAGUUCCAAGACCUUUGUUACUAUCGAGGUGACUGACCAGAACGACAAUUCCCCUGCUGUGGAGAUCCGUGGGAUCGGCCUGGUGAGCCACAGUGACGGUGUGGCCAACAUAUCAGAGGACAUGCCCGUGGGCACGGCGGUGGCCUUGGUCCAGGUGUCUGACAGGGAUGAGGGGGAGAAUGCAGUGGUCACCUGUGUGGUGGCAGGGGACGUGCCAUUCCAGCUGCGCCCAGCCAGUGAAUCGUCCACUGACAACAAGAGAAAAUAUUUCCUGCAGACCACCACUCCACUGGACUAUGAGAAGGUAAGGGAAUACCGUGUGGAGAUUGUGGCUGUUGAUUCUGGAAAUCCAGCUCUCUCCAGUACUAACUCAUUAAAGGUGCAGGUGACUGAUGUUAAUGACAACUCUCCAGUGUUUUCCCUGACCCUGUUCGAGGUUAACUUUACAGAGGAGAACCAGCCAGGGGACAAGGUUGUGGACGUGGUUGCCACAGACCCUGACAGUGGCACUAAUGCAGAGCUUGUCUAUAGCAUCGUAGCAGACACAUCUACUAGAGGCCUGUUUGAGAUUGACCCUGACUCAGGGGAGGUGAGGGCACAAAGUCCUCUGGACAGAGAACAUAGAGCGCAUUAUGAGUUCAGGGUCACUGCAGCCGAUAAAGGCUCCCCCAGUCACAGAGGAACAGCCAUGGUCGUGGUCAAUGUGCUGGACCGCAAUGACAACGACCCUAAGUUCAUGCUGAGUGGCUACAGUUUCUCUGUUCUGGAGAACAUGCCCCCACUCAGCGCUGUUGGGAUGGUGACGGUGCUGGACAUAGAUCAGGGAGAGAACGCAAGAGUGCAGCUCUCUGUGGAGCCAGACGGAGGAAGGUUUGUGGUUCAGAAUGGAACAGGAACCAUCCUGUCCAGCAUCUCCUUUGACCGGGAAAAGGAGAGCAGCUUCAGCUUUCGUCUGAAGGCCGUGGAUGGGGGAGAGCCUCCCAGGUCCUCCUAUGUAGGCGUUACCAUCAAUGUCCUGGAUGAAAAUGACAAUGAUCCUGUGGUCACCAAGCCCUCCAACUCCUCCUUCAGACACCUGUCCCCUCUAGGUUCCCCAGACAGCCGUGUGGAGCUAGUGGAAGCUGAAGACCUGGACACUGGGCCCAAUGCAGAGCUGGUCUUCAGCAUCACUGGUGGAAACCCUUAUGAACUCUUCAGCAUCUCCUCCACUACUGGGGAGAUCACCCUGGCCAAGGAGCUGACCCAGAAACAUGGUGGGCUCCAUCGCCUGGUUGUUAGGGUGAGUGACAGAGGCAAGCCUGCACGCCACACUACUGCCCUGGUGCACAUCUUCGUCAAUGAGACCAUAUCUAAUGUCAGCCUGGUGGAGGCGCUGGUGGGACACAGUCUCUACACGCCUCUGGAGACAGACAUCGCUGGUGACCCUGACUACGGCCUUGCCGCCCAGCGCAGUAACAUCCUGUACGGCAGCCUGGCUGGAGUGGCAGGCGUUGUCAUGGUGAUUGUGGUGGUGGUGUUUAUCCGCCACCGCAUUCAGAGGGAGACGAAGAGUGGCUACCAGGCUGGCAAGAAGGAGACCAAGGACCUUUACACCCCGAAGCAGGGGCCCAAGAACGGCAAAGGCAAGAAGGGCAGGAAAGGAAAGCCCUCUAAGUCCCCCAAGCCCAUGGGAGAGGAGGAAGAGGUCAGCCUCCAGAAGAGUCUCAAGUUCAACCUGGAUGGGGUCAACGACAGCCCCAGGAUCCACCUGCCCCUUACAUAUCCCCCAGGUAGCCCUGACCUGGGCAGACACUACCGCUCCAACUCUCCCCUGCCCUCCAUCCAGCUGCAGGCCCAGUCACCGUCGGCCUCCCAGAAGCAUCAUGUGGUCCAGGACCUCCCUGCCACUAACACCUUCGUAGGGAUUGGAGGAGAUGACAACUCAACAGGUUCAGACCAGUACUCGGAUUAUAGCUACAAGGCCAGCCAGCCAAAGUACAACAGCAAACAGCUCCCCCAUCGCAGAGUGACAUUCUCCACAGCCAAUCCGGUGCAGGAUCUGCAGGAUGCAUCUCAGCACAGUUACUAUGACAGCGGCCUGGAGGAGUCAGAGACGCCCAGCAGUAAGUCAUCGUCUGGCCCCCGUAUCGGGCCCCUGACCCUGCCUGAGGAUCACUACGAGAGGACCACCCCAGACGGCAGCAUUGGGGAAAUGGAGCACCCUGAAAAUGAUAUGCGUUCCAUUCCUGAUGUGGCCAUGACUGGUAACUGUACACAGGAGUGCAGUGAGCUGGGUCACUCAGACGCCUGCUGGAUGCCUGGGCAGCCCUCCCCAGUGCGCAAGACCAGGAAUCCCCCUAAACUCUCCACCUUCGUGCCUUACCAGGAGAGAGGGAGCCUGGGCCGCCUGGCCAACGGGAGCGCCAGGCUGGGUGGCGAGGAGUACCGAGCCAGCAUACCGCCCUCCCGUAGUGCCUAUUCCAACAGCGGCCAUGCCCCUAGGCAGGACUGCCCAAAGGAGGAGGUGCCCCUGAGCAUGGCCUCUGAGUUCCUGCCCACCUCCCCUCCUAGCCACACCCCCAAACAAGAGAUCUACCUGUGAGAAAGCCCCACCUCCCACAUCUGAUUGGUGCACAGAUAGAGGAGGAGCCACAGAGACACACCCACUUUAGAAAAAGAAACAUGCUCUUAGAGGAUCUGAAAAGUCCAUUUAUUGAAAUAAAUACCCAUUCUGUAGGAAAUAUGGGAUGUGAUUUGUGGAAUCAUUGGUAUGUGCAAUAGGAGUUUUUCAUUUUAUUUAUUUACAUAUUUAUUGGUUUAUUAAUGUAUUAAUUAGUUAAUGGAUUUAUUUAUCGAUGCAGUUUCUUUGAAAGCAUUGGUUAAACACUUGUGGUAAUAUCACACUAAAUCAACAUACAAUCAAUCCCUAAAACACUAGUGAUUUUCUUAGCUAAGCCCUAACCUGUUGUGAUAUGUUCUCUGGAACAUCCAAUGUGUGAUCAGUGCCAUAACCAGUUAACAUUCAUCUGACAGGCAAUGAAGCCCUAAGGGUAGACUUAACAUUUUGGAUUAACAAUCAAAUGGAAUGGUCUGUCUUAAUGUACAGUACUGUAAAUACAUGUGAAUGGUGUACACUGUAUCUUGUAUAUAUUUCUGUCUGGCUCAAGCUGAUAAAAAUAGCCUCAGAAUUUUAGCAUUUGAGCUUUUCUUUGCUGCUGCUGUUUAACACUUGAUUGAAAUGUUUUCCAAAAACUUGGACGGAGAGUGUGGAAAGGCACUUGAAUGAAUUAAUCAACUACUCACAAUCUCACACACACAUCUGUGACCCCCAAUCAUGAUAGAACCAUAGCAUGUUACCUCAUGCUCCCUGGAUAGCUAUUAAGCCAGUGAUAAGAGCUGUGUGGCAGCAUUUAAUGGGAUAAUGUGUGUUUCACUGAGCCUCAGCACUGUGCCCCAUCUCUUUUCCUGGAAACAGUACACUUAGAGGCCAUCACUCCUGAUCACACUGAUCUUUCCCAAACCCCUAGCACGCAUUCUGAUAGUGUUUGCCCCUCUCAGAUUAGAGCCUCUGGUUCCCCACCUACACUGUAGAUGAGAAUAUAUAUAUUCUCUGUUCUGUGUGAAAAGCUCCUCUUCAAUGCCUCCCUAUGCCUGAAUAACACUGAGCUAAUCAGUUGCUCUCCACAUAGAGGUCACCAUUACAUUCAACCCUGUGUCUCUAGCCUUGUUAGGUUUUCUCCUCACGAUCCGCGUGAAUUUCAAUAGUUCUAUCUCCGCCUAAGGAGUUAUUCACACCAGUUUCAGCGCAGCACUUUUCAGUCCUGAGAGUCACUAAGGUGACUUAGAGUGCUGUGACUGAAUUCCCCUGUCUCACAGAAACUAUGCUUUUUACAUUUACAUCCUGAUAGGUUUCCUUGUGUUGGUCUCAUGUCUUUAAAGGAAGGCUACAGUAAUCAUCUGGGACAAAUUUUUAUUUUACCUUUAUUUAACUAGGCAAGUCAGUUAAUUAAGAACACAUUCUUAUUUACAAUGAUGGCCUACCCCGGUGAGGCUGGGCCAAUUGUGCACCGCCCUAUGGGACUCCCAAUCAUGGCCAGAUAUGAUACUGGAUUUGAACCAGGGACUGUUGUGAUGCCUCUUGCACUGACAUGCAGUGCCUUAGACCGCUGUGCCACUCAGGAGACCUUUUAUUUUGGUGAAGAAGAAAAGUGGUCACUCAGGUCACCAUUUUGUUUAAAAAUAAUUUACCUGUUGCAUCCAUUGCUGCAUGUUAUAAACAGUGAUGACAUGUUGCCAUUUCAAAUAAAGUUAAAUAUUGGUUGCAGGAGUCAUAUAUUUUCAGUCCAGUUGACAUUCAUAGAGUCCAGGUUAUGUUACGUUGUUAAGCUGUUAGCUGCUGUUCCUCAUUUUUCAAUUGGCAAUUAGAUAGAGGACAUUCCUUUAGGCUACAGCAGCUGUCUUUGACAAAUACUUAUUUUCAAAGUCAUUUAAAAUCAGACAUCUGGAGGACACAGGAACAGUAGUAUGUAAUUGGAUGAUGAUAACGCCACCGGCCCGCCUCGCAGCACAGUAGCAUUACUCAUAGCUUUUGAUUUGUACACUGAUUCGAUUCGAUUUGUAUCUCAGCCCCUGUUUUGACGACAGUGUAUUUCUAUAGAGAGAGAGACAGUGGGUCUGGUCUGAGCAAGGGGUGGAAGGGCCUGGAAGGGAAUGGAUGCUGGGCUCCCAUAAUUACUUUGUGUAAUGAGUCCUUAGCCAGGGCAUAUGUGAGCAUACAGCCUGAAGACAACACAACAGCCACAUAAUCCAAAUCCAUCUGCAAAACUACAAAAAGCGGUAUUUUUAUCUGGACUUACCUCAUCCCACUGCCGUUGGCAACACAUGUAGAAUAAUUCAACUCAAAACAUGUGGAAAUUACUGGACAUGGCCAUGAAUAAAUAAGGCAGGUGAUUAUCCUAGCCUUGAGGGGGAAAAGCACAUUAUGCUGUUUUCAAAGCCAUUUAACCACUGAAAUAAAAUCCAGCAAGCGUCAUAAUACACGAUGAUGAAGCCUUUUGGUCCCCGUCGCAGACCCCCCCCCCCCCACCCAACCCCCUCUCAAAGCAGCUUCACUGAGCUAGAGCAGCGGGUGAGUUCACUGACCUGGAAUUAUUAAUAUGUGUGAAAGAUUGCGAUGAGUGAUAAAGCCAACGUCAUACAGCUCAACACUGGCUUUGUCUCCUAUGCUCUGUCUGACUCCUUUCAGAUUCGCUGAUUCAUCUGACUCCAGUCUGAAUCUGGCAUAAAUCAACAGGCUUAUCUCUUUACUAAUCCCUUGGCCUGGCUGAAUAACUUGGUGUGGCUUCUCUCUGGCAUGUCUGAACAACUUAUUUGACUGAAGCCCUUAUUCAAAUCAAACCACUGGGUUUGAGUGCUUACCAACACCAGUGUUUGCAUACACAUUAUUUUUUCAGCCAGAAUAACUGUGUUAUACCUUUUUCUCUCCAGCCUAUAUCAAUUAGUAUGUUUGAAUAUCCUGAAUCACAUGGUUUUACCUGUCCUUUGAACUCAUAUUUAAUUUAUUAUUUGUGUUGACUGCUCUCUAGAAAGCAGGAUGGUUGUCAAGUCCUGGAUCAAAGCAUUAAUAGCAUGAAAACCCUUGAUACACUCCACAGUAUGUCCAAUCAUGUGUAGUUUGUAUUUUUUAUUUAACGUCAAGUUCACCUGAGUAUCCUCUGCCUCUCUGUAGUGGUCUUGUAAGGUGAUUGUGGAUGUGGACUGAUGGACAUGAUGAGAUACUGGAGAAUGGGCAAAGGAGUUUUCUCUAAGACUAAGGGCUGGAUUCAAUCCAUAUUGCCGAAGUAUCGCGGAAGAUCCUUGUUAAAAUGUAAAGGGAUUGCCGACAUAUGCAGCAUUUACCGUGAAUGCAGUCUCUGGAACAUUGCCUAUUGUCAGUCGUGCAAUAAAGUGGGUCUUCAGCGCUACGGAUUGAAUAGAGCCUUAAGCCUCCUUAAAUAGAAAAUCAAAGUGAGCUAUGACAAAUCUCUCUUGAAAGUGUACUGUACAUAGAUCUACACAUCCCCAUGUGUGCUGUCAAGCAGGCUAUGAGUUUAGCAUGAAUUCCAAAGAUAAUUAGUAGUGUUUUUGAUGAGAUCUUAGUGCUGGUUUUGGUUCAAGAACCCUCUCCCCAAGGAGCUGACAUUCACUGCGCAUUUCAUCACCAUCAGAGACAGUUUUACACAGUAAAAUAAAGACAAGCUGCCUUGAAAGUGUGUCGUUGCAAGAGAGUACCAAGUUGUUAUCCUAAUUGUUGGUUAUAUUUAUAUAGAACAAAAUGCUUGUGAUGCCAUGUUUUUGUACAGUUUUAUGUACAUGCAAGUGAAGCUUUUUAAAACGUAUUACAAAAGCCGAUGGCAUAUAAAAAUUGUAAUGUGUUUCUUGAGAUGUGCACAUUUUGCCUUGGUUGGAUUGAUCUUUGCUGAGUCGGUGUGAAUGUGGCCGUUCUAUGCCUGCACCGUAGUCCUUCACUGGCUCCCUGCUCCCGAGGACUUUAUCAGACUUUAUGUUGAUCGUGAACAGUGGAUUGUCGGAUCCUACCUAUUUGUUCAAUUCCAAUGUGUUCCCUUUUGUUCUGUUUUUGGCAUGUUGAGAAAAUUCCCUUGUAAUAAGUCCUCAAGAACUUUGUAAUAAAAUGAG